AUGACAGAUCUAGAUGUUUCGACGGUCCAACGCCUCUUGGAAGCACCGGUGUAUCUGUCAGCGGAACAUGCCCUGCAGACUGCGCUGCCAUCGAUUGCCGUGACGAUUGUGGCUGUUACGGGUGUCUAUCUAGCAGCCUUUCCCAUGGCCAAAAAGCUGGUGGCUAAAGGCAAUGAUGUCACACAGCAGCGACGACGCUUGGCCUAUCAAAUCACCAACUGCGUGACGAACUUGGCACUGGGAUGCUUGGGGUUGUACUUUCAGUACUUGGUUCUUCCACACAACAACGACGACAACAACGACACUAUUCCACCACAAGACAAGAUUCAAGGGCACGUGGAGGAUCGUUUGUACUUGCUGGGCUCGAUCCAAAUUGGAUUUCAAAUCUGGAGCAUUGUCAUGGGAAUUCUGUUUGUCCGGGAGAGUAAGGAAAUGCUGGUACAUCACUGUGCCGUCAUUUUAGCAUCCUCCAAGUCUGUCUUUUUGACCAAUGGAUUCCGCUACUAUGCACCCAUGGCACUUGGCAUGACGGAACUGUCGUCGGUGCCGUUGGCAAUCAUGAACUCGUUCAAAAACAAUGCUCAGUGGAGAAUGGCCCAUCCACAACUCUAUCUUGCCUCGAGACUCGUCUUUAGUCUGGCGUUCCUGACAAUCCGCAUUGGCAUGUUUGUGCCACAGCAUUUGGAGUACUUGCAGUAUGCUCUGGCGGUCACCUACUGGGCCGAGGAAGGAGUGGCGUACAAGCUGUACAUGAGCAUCUCCUGGUUGGGAGCCGUCUUUUUGCUGUUCUUGCAACUCUACUGGGGGUGGUUGAUUGUCAACGGACUCUCCAAGUUUGCCCUGGAUCGGUUCCAAAUCAAAGGCAAGAUCUUGGAUCACUCCCGUGCCACCGCCACCAAGAAGACCAACUAA